AUGGAAAUAGCCGAAGGUCGGCCACGGCGAGCGAAUGCGGGCAAUUUGCUUCGUGAACUGCUCGAAAAAGGUCUGGACUCGGAUGAGGAAAAACUCCUUCAGGAGUACGACGACGCCACAACGGAUAGCAGCUUCAUCUCCCCUAGCGAUGAGGAAACGGAAGACGAAGUCGACACCGAUUUCUCCGACGAAGAGGUGGAAGGCACGCUCAAAGGCGAACUUGUCGAAACCGAGGCCACCGCGCAACGAGAAGAGCGAAGGGAGCGAAGAGAGGAGAAACAGCGGCAAAUGAGGCGUUUGAACCAAUUUAGAACCCCCAAAGCGCGCCCUGGGGUAAAACCAGGGCGUGGAGGCCAUAAGUUGCAACGCGAAGUGAAGCGAGACCGGCCCGAAAGCCAUCCCCCUCCACGCGGGAGUAGCGAAACGAACAGCACCGACCACGACGACGGCGAGGAGGCCGACGACGAAAAGAUGGAUUUCCUCCGUGUGCUGCGGCAUCGCCCACCCCCCACCAUUCCGUUAGCCACGCGUCUCGCUCAGGCCCACGCCCGCGCGCGAGAAGUUCGCCAGCAGCAGCAGCUCCUCGCGAGCAACAGCGCUGCUGCGAACGAGGAGGCAACGCGCUCGCCGGUGAAUCCGCCGCAUCCCACCCUUUCGGGUCAUCCAAAAAACCAAUGCGGAGGGGGAGGGGGAACUUCCCGGAAGCGGAUGCACGCGCGAGCGCGUUUAGCCUCCGCGGAGGCGCUUUCCCGUCCCCCAUCGCUUCCGCAGGAUCGGCGGGCGUGGUUGUAUGCGGGGCCGACUCCCCAACGGGUGGGGUAUCAUAGCAGUCAAACCGUGAUGGAGCGCUUUCACGUUCCGGUGGUGAUCUCGUUUAGCAAGCAACUCCCGCCCGUGUUUCAGAAAUAA